AUGAUGAAUUUUGAAGAAACCUUAAUAAUUUUAAAUGACGAUGGGCCUUGUGAGUUGCUCAGGAAAAAGUACUACGAAAUGCUUGUACCAACAAUUAGUGUGUUCAAUUUUAAAAAAAAAAAAAUAUAUAAGAAAUAUAACAAUAUAUUACUGUAUACUUAUAAGGACUACUCUUUUUUGUGGGAAUUGGAAGACAGUAUUUUACUUAAAGUGCAAAAAUGUUUAAAUAAAAAUGGGAUAUUGAAGCUGAUCAUAUAUAUAAAUAACAACAGUGAUACGCAUGAUGAGAGUGCUGAGCACGAAUCGCCAGAGAAGCGUAACAGGAACAGAAGUAAUAACAGCAACAGUAAGAGCGGUAAUAAAGACAAUAUAGAAAUUUUAAAAAAAUUGAAGAAAGAGUGCUUAUAUAAUGGCUUCGUCAAUAUUUCAAACGAAACUACUUUUGCUGAGAAGGGGGUCAUUAUAAAUGUAACGGCUGAGAAACCGGACUUUUUAUCGAAUAAAGACGAAAAUGAUUUAAGUUCAGGAGAAGGGGAAGCAUAUGAAGAUGAGGAUGACAAAAAGAAAGUUGUAAAUCGAGUUUGUGAUAAUUGUACUUGUGGGAAAAAGAAAAAUGCAAUAAAUCAGGAGAAAAUUAUUAUUGGUGAAAAUGUCGAAUAUAUCACUGAAAAUGUAGUUUCUUCUUGCGGAAAUUGCUAUCUGGGAGAUGCCUUCAGAUGUGCAUCCUGCCCUUACAAAGGUUUACCAGCAUUUCAACCGGGCGAAAAUGUAAAGCUUAAUUUGAAUAAUGAAUCUAACUGA